UGUUAAAUUAUAAACGUUCGACUCGGCUGGAUGAUUAUAGAAUUUGAAAACGAAUCUUUGUGUGAAUCGCCUAUUGUGCCCGGGGACCACGUUAUCAGGCUACAGGGAUAUUCCUACCUUCGCUGACAACGGGUGACAUAACCUAACCUAUGCACCUACGCACAGUCAUGUAUUAAUAUCUCUACUGCUUUGUAAAUAAAUGAAUACAGCAAGCAGGUUGUUACGGAAAAUUCACAGAACGAGUCCUGAGAUCUCUUGUAAACUCUUCCGUCGUGAAGCUAAGCCAAGUGGAGCAAUCGUUUGAAAAGAAAGCGCGUGCGUCACCAGUGGCGUUCAUUAAUUCUUUCCAUGUAAGGAGAAAGUUACUAGCUCCUGACCAAUCAAAAUCACAUCUCCUUCGAGCAGGUGUCUCUAUUGGUGUCGGCGCUGGGGAUUUUCUCCGUACGCGGAAAACAUUAAUGGAGAGCAGAGAGUUGUAACUAUGACGUUAUUCCACUUUCAACUCCUCAUAUGUCCGGAGUAGCGGUGAAGCCAGUAUUCCUAAGAAAUUUUCGCAAAGGUACAACGAUAUCUCAGAUAUUCGUGUCGACUUACUCGUAUUUGAUGAGAAUCAUGGAAAAUUCGCCCACACAACAAAAAUUCAAUCAAGCUCCGAUAGACACAUACAUGGAAAGGUAUUACAAUUCCACCAGUAGUUGCGAGAUGUUAACUUUUGCAACAGAAAAUGUAGCGUGUCAAAGCAAUUCCCAGGGAGACGAUCUUGGAACGAACACGUGUGUCGAAUCGCCGAUAUUUUUGAAAGAUAAGUAUCUGGCGGACAGACAAAGGUACAAAGGGAUGAGACAAUGGAAACGUAUUAAGAAAGAGAAGCUGGCCUCUAAUUCCGAAGAUUACUUUAUUCUAAGGCUACUCUCCUUUAACAUUCUGGCCCAGUAUCUUUUGGAAACUUAUCCAUUUCUGUAUAAAGAACACGACAAACGGGCGCUACCUUGGGAGAUUAGAAAACAGUUUCUCUUACAAGAAAUUUUAGAAGCACAAGCUAAUGUGAUAUGUCUCCAAGAGAUGCAAGAAGAGCAUUUGCAGGAGUUUUUGGUACCGUUCAGAGAACUGGGUUACAAAUAUUUAUAUAAGAAGAGAACGAAUGACAAAAAAGAUGGUUUGCUCUUUCUUUAUCGGUCCGAUCAAUUAGUUCUUAUCGAAUAUACAAAGGUUGAGCUCUACCAGUCAGGUAUAGAGCUUCUGAGUAGAGACAAUGUUGGAAUUAUCGUAAAAUUAGCAGUCAAGGAGAGUCCGCAGACACAGUUAGUGAUUGCCACGACACAUUUACUUUACAAUCCUAAACGAAACGAUGUGCGACUGGGGCAAACGCAACUACUUCUAGCGGAAAUUGAAAGGAUUGCUUUUUUGGAAAACACAAUGACGGGUGCCAAAUAUCUGCCAAUUAUACUGGCAGGAGAUUUUAAUUUAGAACCAUAUUCCGGAGUUUACAAAUUCAUUACGGAGGGAGCCUUUGAAUAUCAAGGAAAAGGAAGGAACCUCGAGCAGACAGAGUUUCGGUCUCUUUCGAAUUCCUUAAUUCCGCCUCGUCUUUUCGUUACGGACAACUGUCAACAUUUGAAUAUUUUGAAGAAAAGAUUACGCGGAGAAGGAACUGGUAAAGUAAUGUUAGAAAAUAGCGAGAACCUCGUAAUGGAAGGCAAUGCAUCGGACAAUGCUUCGUCGAUAAAUAGCGAUGUGAAUGCGGAUACGACUGAUCUUCAAAUAAUAGAGAUUGUACGUGGCUAUCGUGCACUGUUCAGUUCUGGCACCCUUACACAUCCGUUCCAUCUCCGUAGCGUGUACAAACACGAGAAACGUCAAGGGGAACGAGAAGCUACGACUAAUCAGGGAGCGUGGAUUACAGUUGACUAUAUUUUUUACAGCAAUUUAGAACCUCUCGAGAAGUAUAGAUUACCGACGGCGGAAGAGUGCACCGCUUUGCCUACCAUACCCAAUUUUGUUGUCGGAAGUGAUCAUUUUUGUUUAGGUGCUACGUUCAGAAUACACAAAGCGAAACUCUAGAAGAGUUAAUAUUAACGAUUUGUAACACGAUAAAAGAUCUGCGUAAACCUUGUAUAAAAAAAAUGAAAACCUGGACUAAAUGUACGAAUAUUAGAGUUAAUACAAAAGUAAAAAGAGGUAUUUUGUCUUAAAACAAGCAAAUGUUAUUUUGAUUAAUUUUAAAUUAUUUUGUGUCUCUUUUCCUUGGUAAAUAUAUACAAUUGUUAUAUGUAGAUUAAAGACAUUAAAAAGUGUAUUUUAUUUUAAAACGA